GGGUCAGCACGGAAGACGCUACGGGAGGCGUGGAAGUGAAACGUGGGAACAUGUCGGACCCGGAGGACGACGACGACAGCUCCUCGGAUACCGAUUUUGAACCUUCACAACUCGGAACGAAAGAAUAUUGGGAAGAUGUCUAUCAAAAAGAACUGGAGACAUUUACAGACAUCGGAGAUGUUGGUGAGAUAUGGUUUGGUGAGGAAAGCAUGAGCCGUGUGCUGCGAUGGAUGGACAGAGCUAAGAUCCCAGCAGAGGCUGCCAUUCUGGACAUUGGCACUGGAAAUGGAGCCUUUCUAGUUGAACUGGCUAAACACGGACGCAGGAAUCUGACUGGCAUAGAUUAUUCUCUAGCGUCUGUAGAAUUGGCCAGAAACGUUCUGUCGGGCGAGGACUUGUCGGAUGUCACUGUAAAGGAGGUGGAUUUCUUAAACUGCCACGGCGAGCUAAAGGGUUUCGACGUCUGCAUCGACAAAGGCACGUUCGAUGCAAUAAGCUUGAACCCGGACAGCUCGAAGGAGGACAAAAAACUCUAUGUCCAAGCGCUAAAAGAUGCUCUCAAGGACAAGGGAUUCUUCGCAAUAACUUCUUGUAACUGGACAAAAGAGCAGCUGCUGGACCGAUUUUGUGAUGGGUUUGAGUUUGUGGAGGAGUUGCCGACACCAAGCUUCCAUUUUGGAGGCAAGAAGGGCAACAGCGUGACAGCCCUCAUCUUCAAACGGAUGUAUUGAUUCACAUGUGCCUCAAGGAGGCUUUCUCUUGCUUGCUUUCUGUUUAUCUCUGCAAUUCAUAAUUACUGAAAUAUCAUUUUAUAACACUGCAUCCACUUUUACAAGAUAUGUCUGUAACAAAUUAAAUUCCCUUUGAAAUAAAUGUUGUUUUGGUUUUGUUCCUGUCA